AUGGCGGCGGCGACUCGAGACUUUUCGCGUGCUCAGCAGGUCGCGCAGCAAAUCGUGACCGCGCCCGAAGACUGGCAUCGGUCCGGCCCUCGUAAGCUUGUCUUGUGCUUCGAUGGAACCGGCAACAAGUUCAAGGGCGACGACAGCGACAGCAACAUCCUCAAAAUCUUCCGAUGCCUCGAUCGGGAGGCGAAUGAUCAGUUCCACUACUACCAACCAGGGAUCGGCACCUAUGUUGUCUCAAGCUCGCUGUCGCACACGACCAUGACUUCGCGCAUCCGGUCGUGGUAUCUCAAGGCAAAAGACUCGGCCAUCGGCUCGAGCUUUGACCAGCACGUCGUCGGCGGCUACCGCUUCCUCAUGCGGUACUACAACCCAGGGGACGAGAUCUACUUCUUCGGCUUCUCCCGCGGCGCCUAUGUCGCCAGGUUCCUAGCAGAGAUGCUCGACCACGUCGGGCUCCUUUCCCAUGGCAACGAGGAGAUGGUCGGCUUCGCAUGGAAGGCCUUUUCUCAGUGGCAGGCGAGAGAACAUGACGAAUCGGCGGACGGCGCGGGCAAGAGGCGUGAGAUGUACCGGUUCAUGAAGGGCUUUCGCGAAACGUUCAGCCGCCCGGUCAAGCGUAUCCGGUUCCUUGGUCUCUUCGAUACCGUCAACUCGGUCCCGAGAUUCGAGACGGCGUGGAUGCAGCGCUCAAAGUUCCCAUACACCGCAAGGAGCAGUGCCAAGGUCAUCCGGCAUUGCGUGUCAAUUGACGAACGCAGGGCCAAGUUCCGCCAGGACCUGAUCUACCAGGGCAGCCAGCUCAAGGCCAAAAGGCAAAAUGAGCACCAUCACCACCACCACCAUCACGACGAGCAGAAGCCCCAGGACAGCAAGGAUGGUGAUCAAAGAUACCGAGGCAGGCGUGCCACGGUGGUCGGCCCAGUCGCGCCUCCGGCCGAGGAUCCUCGUGGGCGCCGCAGGGCUACACUCGCGCCACAUGAGUCCUUCUUCCGCCCGCGGUCCAGGUCCAGGUCGCGCGUGACGGUGAACUCUGUCAACAGGAGCCGUGCGACGUCCUUGAACGGCUCCGAGAUAUCUCGAGUGGUGCCUGAUGAUCCAGAUUCAGAUGACGAACAAGAUGUGGACGAAGUCUGGUUCGCCGGAGGCCACGGUGAUGUCGGGGGCGGAUGGGAUGUCGAGCCAGGGACAAAGCCUUGUAGCCAUAUCCCCCUGGCAUACAUGAUUCGCGAGGCAAUCAAAGCAGGUCUCCAGUUUGAUCCCGAGAAGCUGGUUGCCAUGGGAGUCUGGGACACGCUUGAAGAAGCUGAGGCUGAGACAGCCGAGGCGAAAGCUGAAGGAGUCAAAGACCACGAAGCACCUCCUGAGAUCCGCAUCGAAGCAUCGAGCCCGAGCUUGGGUCCCUCGCAGGCGGACAAUAGCUUCUCCGAGAAAGAGCAGCCGAACUGGGAUCACUUCAAUCGCUAUGGCCCAGCCCGCAAUGGCGCCAAGGACGAUGGUGGAAUGGCGGACGGCUGCUCUGAAAAUGGCGACCAUGAUGAGUCGCUCAAUCCUUUCCAUCAGAUGCUUCACAAAGCACAUCUGGCGACCGUGCACGACUCUCUCGAGUACGGCUGUGGGCUGAGCAAGAUGCAGGUCCUCAGCUGGAAGAUCAUGGAGUACAUGCCCUUCCGUCGGAUGGACCUGCAGCCCGACGGGUCCUGGAAGCCAAUUCGCUGGCCACUUCCAUGUGGCGAGACGCGCGAUGUGCCAGAUACUGCCCGCGUACACGGCUCGGUGAUUCGCCGGAUGAAGAUGGAUCCCAAGUACCGUCCUGGCAAUCUCAUCGUGGGAGGCGGUGGCCGUGGUACACGCAAGGCCCCUGAACACCUCGGCAUUGGCGAGUGGGAAUGUGUGAAGGACGCCGGCGAUCCCAUUGGGGAAAUCUGGGCCAGGAGGAUUGUGAAGUCGCCCACCUGUAGCUAA